CAGUUGGUUUUCGAGGCAAACAAGGUGCCAGGAGGUUUCCAAUGUUUACAAAUAUCAAGUACAGCUUGAACAGGAAAGCAUAGCUGUAUUUUUAGUUGCUUUGCUUGUCGCUAAAGCUAAGCAACCAUAAUGUGUUUACCUCCAGAAAAAGCUUCCGAGUUAAAGCAGAUAAUACAAAACCAUCUGCUUAAGAUGGACAUCCACGGGAAGAUCCGAGAGGUGCUGGCAGAGACUAUAAAGGAUGAUCAAGGCUCAGGGCAUCGACAUCUGUCUGAGGCAGACUUUGUUCAAGCUCUCCAACGAAGAGGCAUCAUCGACAACGUGAUGAAAGACCUCCACUUUACCCAGCAAAAUGCUACAAAUAUAGAAGCAGAAUCUCCUCCCAAGCCUGCUGCCCAUAAUGUUGACCAGGAUAGGACUCAUCUUAAGAGAACUAAUCUUGAUCCAUCAAGGCGAUACCUUUAUCUUCAAGUACUUGGAGGUAAGGCCUUUCUCGAGCACCUCCAGGAAUCGGAGCCUUUACCUGGUCAGGUGUGUUCUACGUUUACACUCUACCUGCACUUCCGCAACCAGAGGUUUCGCUCCAAACCAGUUCCCUGUGCGUGUGAUCCUGACCUGAAGGAAGGCUUCCUUCUAGAGGUCCACAGGGAUGCCGUUGGAGAUGGAAGCAAGAUGGUAGAUGCAACGACCAUGCUGUCUAUGUGUGAUCCAGUUCACUUUGUGCUGAUCAAGACGGACACUUCCAGUGAAACAACGCUGGUCUCCUCUCACUUUCUGGACUGGAGGAGAGUCCUCAGCUCGCCCAGUUGCAAGACAUGUUUCCCUGUAGAGCUGAUGGGAGUCGGUAGUGAGAGUAAAAUCCCAGCAGGCAUUUUGACCGUCAGCCUGGAGCUCUUCCCUCCUCUCCAAGAGACUCUGAACGCUGAUAUCAUCAGUACACAGCAAUCACUGGAGAGGCAGAGAACGGCAGAGAAGGAAAGGCUCUUCCUGGUUUACGCCAAACAGUGGUGGAGAGAGUUCCUGGAGAUCCGAUCGUCUCACCAGUCCAAACUGGUCAAGAUCUUUGCUCAGGAUGAGAACGGGGUGAACAGGCCAGUGUGUUCCUACGUACGUGUCCUACGGGCCGGCCGCCUGCUGGAGAGCCCAAGACAGGCCGCCCGGUUCGUCAGCCUUCUCGCCCAUGAGCGAGCCCCGGUGGUGGGAGGAGGGGGCAAGCAGGAGCAGUGGUGCACACUGAUGGCUUUUCUGUGUAGAGGGAAGGGAGACUGUGAGGACCAUGCCACUCUGCUCUGCAGCCUUCUGCUGGGCUUUGGGCUGGAUGCAUAUGUCUGUGUGGGUACCAAGGCCAAGAGUGGUCCACAUGCCUGGGUCCUGACACGCGGUACUGAUGGAAGCAUCACUUUCUGGGAGAGCCUGACAGCACACAGAUAUCUGCACCGACCAAUUGAUCCAGACGCUCCCCCUCUGGCCCCCCAACCCAAAUCCUCGGCCCCUUAUCGUACCGUGGGCUGCGUCUUCAACCACCAGACCUUCCUGGCUAACUGCCAGCCUUCUGAUGCUGUGGAGCUUUGUGUCUUUGACUUCCAGAAUCCGUCACGCUGGAAGGCGAUGAGUGAAGAAGCUCUGAAGUCUGUCUGUGCUCCAGGAUCCACCACAUCUUUACCUCCUCUGCCUCCUCUCUGCGCUCCGUCUCUGGAUCCUGCUGUGGCCAGCAACCAUCUGGAGUUGGAGAUGCGCUUCCUGGUGUCAGAGCAUAGGAAGGAUCUUGAUCUGACCACAGUGUGGGACGACCACCUCUCCUACCUGCUGUCCUCGGCACUGUCGGCUUAUGAAAUGGAGCGCUGCACCGGCGUCUCCUGUGGCAACGAAGAGUUCCAGGACGCAGUAAGGAGGGCCGUGCCGGAUGGACACACCUUCAAAGGGUUCCCCAUUCACUUCCUGCACCGCAACGCUCGCAGAGCCUUCGCCACCUGCCUCAGGUCUCCAUUCUGUGAAGAGAUAGUGUGUUGCCGUGGUGACCAUGUGAGGCUUGCCGUUCGUGUCCGGGUUUUUGUGUAUCCUGAGAAUGCCUGCGCAGUGUGGAUGAUGUUUGCCUGUAAAUACCGCUCUGUGCUCUGACCACCUGAUGUCCUACGCUGCACAAAGACCCCUGCAGGACACACGGCUCCACAAGAACACUGAUCUGACCUCGGUGAACUUGAGGAAAGAUUAUUUUAUAAAUCACUAGAAUAUUUAUGUUUGAAGACAUUUUUUUUAUUUUUGCAAAUAAACUGAAAUUUUAACAACUGCACACUUUUUUAUGGAUAUUAUUGGAGCACAUUGGUCUUGCUUUUAUGCUUCAAGUUGCAGUGGUAUAUAUAUAUAUAUUUAUAUAUUUUAUUUUUGAUAACUUCAGCUGAUAAGUUUUCGCAUUCCAGCUUAGGAUACACACAAAGCAAUGUUUUUAAUUCCUAACUAGAAAAGCACUGAGAACGCCAACCUCAACCAAGCUGAACAUUCUUUCCCAAAUUGUGGCUCACAUCUAUAGCUGAUCUGCAUCAUUACUAAAUUAAAUUAAUAGUUCCUUGCCUUGAGGUGCACCGUGGGUAAAAAUGUCCAUAAAAUCUGUUCAUAAGUUUUUUAUGAUCCUAAAAAAAACCACAGAUGUUUCCUCUGUUUUUUUUGUUUUGUUUUUGUCUUCAGUGAAAUACCUCCAAACUUUUUGAGUCCCAUGCUGAGGCUGUGGUAGUGAUGGGCUCAGCACCACCGAUGCAUCGUUGCAUGCAUGUUGCCCACAGAGCAAAAAACAGUAUUGGUGCGUGUGCCGUUUCAAGAAAGUCAUGUGACCGAUACAGGAGUUGUUUCUAACUGACUGACUCACUAAACUGUGUUUAAAAAUGUUUCUGUCAUCAUGAUGCAUCUGCU